AUGGGCAUCGGCUUCCACCCCACCUACGAGCCGACGAACGAGCCGGUGGUCCCCUCCUUCUGCCCGGAGUUUGGCCUCACCACCUCCCAGAUGAGGGUGCUGGGACUCACACAGCAGCCGGAGAUCGGCACCUCCAUCGAUCCUGUGAGUCUUUUAAUCAUCCAGGAUACCCUGACGGCCAAGGCGUUCUACGUUGGCGACCAUGUGAGUGAGACCAGUCGCCAGGCGACACGGAUGGCGCGGGACACCAGAGCCCCAGGCCGGGCGCCUCCGGAUUUGCCGUCCCUCCUCCUGGAUGGGCGCAUUUGCUACAUUGGCAUGCCGCUGGUGCCUGCCGUGACAGAGCUCGUCAUCUCAGAGCUCUUGUGGCUGAACUACUCGUCUCAGGACAAGCCGGUGUAUGUUUACAUCAACUCCACAGGCUCCCAGACUGCUGCUGGGGAGAGCGUGGGCUUUGAGACGGAGGCCACCGCCAUCCUGGACACCAUGGCCUACAUCCGCCCCGACAUCUACACUCUGGUGAUCGGCCAGGCCUGCGGCAACGCCGCCAUGCUGCUGGCGUCCGGGAAGAAGGGGUGCCGCUACGCGCUGCCCCACGCGCGCAUCAUGACCUGCCCCCCCCGCCUGAACCGCGCGUUUGGCAGCACCAGCACCGUCAUGAUCCGAGCCAACGAGCUGGAGGCCAACACCCAGGUGUUUGUGGACUUCAUGACCGCGGCCACGGGCAAGGACGCCGCCACGGUGCGCAAGGACAUCGGGCGCAACCGCUACUUCACGCCCGAGGCCGCCAUCGAGUACGGGCUGAUCGACCGCGUGGUGCAGCCCAGUGAGGCGGUGCAGAUCGAGCGCCGCAACUACGAGCUGGAGAUGCGGAUCCCCAGUCACACUGCAGCAGGGCUGGCAUGA